CUAUUGGAGAUGCUAUUGUAAAAUAGAAGAAAUAACUUUUAUUCAAUUAAAAUAUAGAGAUUAACUAAUUAAUGUUGUGUUGCUGAAAUGAAAAAGAUGCAAUAGGCGGCAGGGAAGUGUGUAACGUGGAGGAGUUGUGUGUAAUAAUGGACCGAUAUUGAAAUAAUGAAAAUUGAAAGGAAACUCAAAAUACAGAGGCGACGAUUUUAUCAAUGAGAGCGCAGAAUCGAAGCAUUCCUUUGAAUUGAAUUGAAUAAUAGUAAUGUUAUUAUUUUCAAUGUCUCCCUCUUCCUCUCUCACUUCCCUUGUAUUUGCCAGGAAACUACUAGGGACUAUUAUAAGUACAGAUAUUGUUCCUCCAAGGACUCAAAAUUGGAACUUACCCACAAGAGGACGGAGAUUCAUAUCGUUUAAGGGUUGUGUUAGGUUUGUUCGAACAUCGUGUCGAAUCUCUGCCCCGGGAACAUUCCCAAUAAAUGAUGAAAAAGCCCAAUCUAAUAUAUUCAGGGAUAAGAAGGUAGUCCCGGAUGCAGAUCCUCCUACUACCAAAGAUGUCAACCUUUUGUAUCAAUUUUUUGAACAAAGUACCAAGCUCAUGGUAUUGACUGGAGCUGGAAUCAGUACAGAAUGUGGUAUCCCUGACUAUAGAAGCCCAAAUGGUGCUUAUAGUUCUGGUUUCAGACCAAUAACCCACCAGGAGUUUCUUCGUUCAAGCCGAGCCAGGAGGAGAUAUUGGGCUAGGAGCUAUGCUGGGUGGAGGAAAUUUACUGCAGCACAGCCAUCUGCUGCUCAUCGUGCUUUGGCAACAUUGGAAAAAGCUGGCCGGGUUGAUUUUAUGAUUACCCAAAAUGUUGAUAGGCUGCAUCAUCGAGCUGGUAGCAACCCAUUAGAAAUACAUGGGACUGUAUACACUGUAAUUUGUAUAGACUGUGGAUAUUCCUUUUGUCGAAGCUUAUUUCAGGACCAGUUGAAGGACCUUAAUCCAAAGUGGGCAGAAGCAAUUGAAAAUUUAGACCAUGGAAACCCUGGUUCAGACAAAAGCUUUGGAAUGAAACAAAGACCUGAUGGCGAUAUUGAGAUUGACGAAAAGUUUUGGGAGGAAGAUUUUAUCAUCCCAACCUGCCAGAAAUGCAAUGGUGUUCUCAAACCUGAUGUUGUCUUCUUCGGUGAUAAUGUUCCCAAGGACAGAGCCGAUUUGGCAAUGGAAGCAUGUAAAAAAUGUGAUGCUUUUCUUGUACUAGGAUCGUCUGUGAUGACCAUGUCUGCUUUUCGGCUUGUCAGGGCAGCUCAUGAGGCAGGUGCAGCUACUGCAAUUGUCAAUGUAGGUGUGACACGUGCUGAUGAUUUUGUGCCCUUGAGAAUCAAUGCACGACUGGGUGAGAUACUGCCAAGAAUACUUGACAUGGGAUCCAUCAGUGUGCCGGCUGUGUAAUGCUAAUAGAUGACAAAAAUGUACAAGUUGUAUUUGAAUCUCUCAUAUGCCACACUCCCUAAUCAUGUGUGUUGUUCAUGUAGCGUAUGAGCAGUGCUUGUUGAGUGCCAUUUUUCGACCGUGAACUUUCAAUAUUUCGUAUGGAAAAUAUAGUUCAUGAAGUUAUGCUUUCUGGAAGGACUGCUCAUACAAUCGUGACAUUCUUUCACCAAUGCAUUCUCAUAUUGAACUUCAAUAUUUGUUUGGUAUGAAAAAAUUAGUAGAACACGAAUAUCAAUUACUUUAUUUUUCCUCUAUAAUAAAUUCUUCACUCAA